AUGGACUUGGAUGCCUGGAUCGUGCAGCUGAAAAGAUGCGAGCCCCUGAAGGAGGCCCAAGUGAAGCUGUUGUGCGAGAGAGCGAUAGAGAUUCUAGUGGAGGAGGGCAACGUGCAGCACAUAGAGGCCCCAGUCACGAUAUGUGGCGACAUCCAUGGCCAGUUUUAUGACCUCAUGGAGCUGUUCAAGGUCGGGGGCGACUGUCCAAAGACAAACUACCUCUUCAUGGGCGAUUUCGUGGACAGGGGAUUCCACAGCGUAGAGACCUUUCUCCUCCUGCUGACCCUCAAGGUGCGGUAUCCGGACCGCAUGUUCCUGAUUCGGGGAAACCACGAGAGCAGGCAGAUCACACAGGUCUACGGCUUCUAUGACGAGUGUCUGCGCAAGUACGGCUCCGCCAACGUCUGGCGGUACUGCACAGACGUCUUCGACUACCUCAGCCUGGCGGCGCUCAUCGACAACUCCGUGUUUUGUGUGCACGGCGGCCUGUCCCCGGGCAUCGCAAGCCUGGACCAGAUCCGGGGCAUCGACAGGAAGCAGGAGGUCCCCCACGAGGGGCCCAUGUGCGACCUGCUCUGGUCCGACCCCGAGGAGGGGGUGGACGGAUGGGGCCUCUCUCCGCGAGGCGCGGGCUUCCUGUUUGGACCAGAGAUCACCACCCAGUUCUGCCAAACCAAUAAUGUGGACCUCAUCGCCCGAGCGCACCAGCUGGUGAUGGAGGGCUACAAGACCAUGUUCGAUUCCAAGCUGGUGACCGUGUGGUCGGCCCCCAACUACUGCUUCCGCUGCGGCAACGUGGCUGCCAUCCUCUCCUUCGACGAGGCCCUGGAGCAGGAGUUCCGGGUGUUUGAGGCGGCGGAAGGGGAGGCCCGUGGAGUGCCUGGCAAGCAGGCUGCGCCAGACUACUUCCUCUGA